AUGGCCGCCAACGAGUUGUACCGACCAUCGUUUGCCAAAACCUUGGCCCGCCUCAAUGCUGACAUUGCAGCGUAUGUUGUGAACUCUAAGUGCUCCGGAUGCGGACGCCGGGAGUGUGCGGCGAGUUCUGGCGAAGACCAUACAAGCUACAGCUCUGACGGCGAGGCGGACGCCACCGAGUCGGACUCUCCGCGAGCUCAUGAGGAAGCUGAUGGGAAGAAGAAGAAGAAGAGGAUAAGCAUGUGGGAGGUGUGCCCUGUGGUUGUCAUGCGGGUUGUAACGCGGCAGCUUAAGACUAGGCGGUCGCGCUGGAAGCUUCUUGUUGGGCACACGAUUGCCGAGGAGCGUUUCCUCGCAUCCGGGCGAGCGCUUCCCAGCAACCAGGAGCCUCUCCCUACUCCCAACCAAGUGUUCAGCAUCAUCGGGUCCGGCGAGGUCGAGGAGCACAUCGAUAUCUCUCGUGCCGUGAAGAUGUCGAUCCUCACCUGGAACGUGUGCUGGACGAGUCCGUGCGUGGCUGAGCGCAUGCACGAGAUGGGGAAGGAGAUCGCCGAGCUCGCGCCUAUGUUUGUAGCGCUGCAGGAGAUCCGACUGACUGACUUUGGCUCUACGUACGAUUUGCUCUGCACAGAGCCGUGGGCGGACCAGUACGAUCUGUUUGUCCGCAACGAUGUGGCGUUGGACUCGGUUACUCUCUGGGGCGUCCGCAAGGUCGCCGAAGUCCAUGUCAUUGGCCAUGCCGUGACCGCGUUCGAAUCUUCGCAUGAGCGGGCGAUGCAGACGCUGGUGGUUGCAGUCGGCGGAAGAGACGGGCCGAGGCUGGCGCUCACGACGCUGCAUGCCGAGUCGAUGAAGGAAGGAGCGACGUGUCGGAUGCGGCAGAUCCGCAGUACUCUGGUCGAGCGGGAUGCCGACGAGAGGAUCUUCAUCUUUGGAUCCAACGGGCCCAACGGCAUCUCGGACAACAUGCACACCGGUGACAUCGGUGUCGACGUUUCAUUCGUGUGUGGAGAUCUCAACGUGCGCCACCACGAGUGGGACCGUAUCAAGCGCCUUGCCGGAUUGCUCAACUGGACGGAUGUCCGAAGCGGCGACACGUGGACAUCCGACAAUGCUCUCAACCGGAACUCGUUUGAGCGUGGAACCCACUUUCGUCAUCGCUUUGAUCGCAUUCUGUACUCGACGAACAGGCACGGUGGGAAGUGGGAGAUGGCCAGCGCCGGCUACGCCGCUGGCUCUCGCCUCCCCGAGCUCGUCUCCCAAGCCACGCCCGACAAGCCUGCGUUCCUCGACAUGGACCCAGACGUUUUCGCGCAGGUGCUCGACCUGCUUCGGCAACGUACUGCUUACCUGCUGCCCUCUGACUCCAUUGAAGCUGCGCGGGUGCUCCUGGCUGCGCAUGAGCUCGGCAUCGCACCGGAGAUCCUUCAGCCCUUUGCGGCUCUUCCGUCCUUGUCGCUCAACGCAGAGGCUUCCUACGUCAGUCCUCAGAAAAGAAGCUGGUCGAACCGGAUGGAGACGCAGAAGAGCCUGCUUGUCGGCUCCUACCCUGACGAGCCCAUCGUGCUCGUCGAGGACGUCUCUUCGGGAACCUUUGCCGGCCAGCCUAUCUCGUUCGUCGCAACCCGCCCAUUUGUCCUUCACAAUGAGAUGUACGUCGCUGGUGGUGUAGAUGGCGCUCGUAGCAUCGAGAACUGCACCUUUAUCCUGUGGCGCGGGCGCGACUCGAACGCCGGAGGAACGAUCUCAACGGUUUCUUCGGCCAUAGACCGGGGUGUGCAGGCCUCGCUGACGUUGGAAGAGCCUCUCUUCGUGGACAAGGGCGACGAGCUCUCGUUCUCGCUCGUGUGCAAGUCUGUCGUGCCCUAUGGUGAGAGUGAGGUCACGCUCGUGGGGCUUGGUUUGUGGGCCACGGCGCAGCCUCUGGUGCAUGAUGGACUGGCGGUGCUUUUCCGCGAGGUGUAG